CAAACCAGGAAACAGUUUGUUCCUCUUCUCUAAAGAGACACACAGGCUGAAAAACAUUUGAUCAGAUUCACCUUCAGACCAAACUAACAGCUUCCUCUGAGUGAGUCCAGCUACAGGAGAGAAAAGAGGAAAACUACAACACUGCUGCUUCAACCUGCUGACUCUCCACACACUGAAGCUUCACUCAGACUAAAUGGCUUCCAGAUUAGAGGAGGAUCUCUGCUGUCCGGUCUGUCAGAAGGUCUUUAGAGAUCCUGUUCUUCUGUCAUGUAGCCACAGCUUCUGUAAAGACUGUCUGAAGAGAUGGUGGAGAGAGAAACCAACACCAGAGUGUCCAGUUUGUAAGAGAAGAUCUUCAAAGGUAGAUCCACCCUGUAACCUGGUGUUAAAGAACCUGUGUGAGUCCUUCUUACAGGAGAGAGAUCAGAGAUCUUCAGAGGCUCUCUGCAGUCUGCACUCUGAGAAACUCAAACUCUUCUGUCUGGACCAUCAGCAGCCAGUGUGUGUCGUCUGCAGAGAUUCAGAAAGACACAUCAACCACAGAUUCAGACCCAUCGAUGAAGCUGCACGACAACACAAGAAGGAACUUCAGGAAACUCUGGAGCCCUUAAAGGAGAAGUUAGAGAGUUUAGAAGAAGUUAAAGUGAAGUUUGAUCAAACAGCAGAACACAUUAAGGUCCAGGCCCGACACACAGAGAGGCAGAUUAAGGAGCAGUUUAAGAAGCUUCACCAGUUUCUAGAAGAGGAAGAGGAGGCCAGGAUGGCUGCACUGAGGGAGGAAGAGGAGCAGAAGAGUCAGAUGAUGAAGGAGAAGAUGGAGGCUCUGAGCAGAGAGAUAGCAGCUCUUUCACACACAGUCAGAGCCACAGAGGACGAGCUGAGAGCUGAAGACGUCUCAUUCCUCAACAACUACAAGGCUGCAGUGGAAAGAGUCCAGCAGCGCCCCCUGCUGGAGGAUCACCAGCUGCUCUCAGGAGCUCUGAUAGACCAGGCCAAACACCUGGGCAACCUGACCUUCAACAUCUGGAACAAGAUGAAGGACAUGGUCUCCUACAGUCCUGUGGUUCUGGACCCAAACACUGCUCAUCCAGAACUGAUCCUGUCUGAAGAUCUGACCAGUGUGAGUGAAGGAGAGGAACAGCAGCUUCCUGACAAUCCAGAGAGAUUUGAUUAUUACUGCUCUGUCCUGGGCUCUGAGGGUUUUAACUCAGGGACUCACAGCUGGGACGUCGAGGUUGGAGACAAUAAACACUGGGGACUGGGUGUGUCAGCAGAGUCUGUCCAGAGGAAGGGAGACAUACGGUCUGGAUUAUGGAGAAUAAGGUUCUAUGGAGGUGAAUACUCAGCAUGGUCACCAUCAGCUCCAGUCACUGAUCUCUCAGUGCAGAAGAAGCUCCAGAGGAUCAGAGUGAAUCUGGACUGGAACAGAGGAAAGUUGUCGUUCUCUGAUCCUGAUACUAACACACACAUACACACCUUCACACACACUUUCACUGAGAAACUGUUUCCAUACAUUUUCACUGGAGAUAAACUCCCAGUGAGGAUGUUACCAGUGAAGGUCUCUGUGACAGUGGAACAGAUCAGUCAGAGAUAAAGAGGAUGAUCAGAUUUAUAAUGUUGUUUAUUUCUUAAAGGGAAAAGUCAGAGAAUUUAACGUCUUAAACUGCACCUGUCCUCCUGCUGUCUCAUUAUUCCAAAGCUCUGUUUAUUUCUCUUUCACUUCUUUUAUUUCCGUCUUCUUCUUUUCUAGUUGAACUAUUUGCUUUUUCUUUCUAUUGUCGAACUUUUCAUAUGUGAAAAAUGAUUUCACUCAUUUUCUGAUCUUUAUAUUUGGUUUGUUUAGUUUUUUUAUUUUAGCUUUCUAAUUGAAUAAAAUGAGAGUAAUGAGGGUAAAACAUGUUCUUGACUUCAUGUUAUAUUCUGUUUCCUGCUUUCACUCGUACUCCAUAUAUCAGUACCAGACUCCAUUGAUGAAAACGGAUUUUACCAAACAGAACACAGGAGCUGCUGGAAUACCACUGCCUCCAUCUGUUAGUGUGUCUGUGUUACUGUGUGACUUUCAGUGGUGGAAGAAGUAAUCAGAUACUUUAAUUAAGUAAAAGUACCACACAGUAACAAAUAACUCCUGUGUUCUGUUCAGUAAAAUCCCUGUUUUUGUCAAUGGAGUCUGGUAGUGAUAUAUAGAAAUGUUUCUGGUUAAACUAAAAGGAUCUUCCUCUUUGAUAAAAAGCUCUGUCUAUGUAGGAAUCCUAUCAUCAUGUGGUCAGACACUUAAAACAAUCUGAGCCUGUCAGGGUGCACUGUUAUUGAUCGAUACUGCACUGAUCACCAAUCAUUUACAUCCAAAAAACAGGAGAAAAUAAGGCCCGGGUUCAAAAAUACCAGAGUAAAUUAAUGAUGUUCCUCCAGCUCCACACAGCAGCUCCUCGUGUUUGUGUUGUACUGAACGUUUGUAACAUCCUGCACACGCACACUUGACACAGAUAUACACACAUCGAGGAUGUCGCACACACUGUAAACACACACUCGCCUCACCUCAGACAUUUUCCUGUUCCAGUGUUGAACAACAAGCUGCAGCAGAGAGACUGAGCCUCCUCUUCCUCCCUCCGUCACCGAGUCUGUCAAACAAUAUUUACAUCAGUGUGUUGUCAUGGUGUGUGUUUUAGUGUGUGUGUGUGUGUGUGUGUUAGCUUUAUAGCAGAAGAUAGGAUGAAAAAUGAUAGGCAGUAUAUUUAAAUUUGCAUGAAAUGCAUUGAAGGAUUUUUAAUUUUCAGGCAACAUAAUCUGAUGUUAUCAACUGAAU